UGGAAGCCAAAUAAAAUGCUACUUUUGUGAUGGGUUAUUAUUGCCUUAUCUCCGGACAUACUUUGUGCUUUUGGGUAGGUUAGGCUUCUUGAAUCUUGGUCAGUGGUCAGUGGUCAGUGGUCGGUGGGCAGAGCAUAAACAUUUCAUUUUUGGUUAUCUUAGUACAUGUUUGACAUGAAGUUUAUGAACAAUAAAGAUGCCAAUAGUCUCUCAUCCAAUCCAAUCCAAAUGAAUAUACAACUUUAGUAGUUCUUUUUUUCCAUUUAUGUCUGUCAUUUUCCAUUUUAUUUAAAGCAUCAUUACUUCAGAAUUUUUAGGUGGUCUGAACUGAACCAACUACUCAAAAAUCUCAGUGGCCAUGGGUGCUGCUGCUACUGCUUCUCUCUCCUAUCUCUCUCCCCUAACUGUCAUGAAUGUCAACCUUAUUCACAGAAGUGAUUUGGGUUCUUUUCACUCUUCAACUGCCACUAAUCUUCAACAAAUCAGACCCAAGAGCUAUCGUAUCAGAUGUCAAUCAACCAGUACAGAUGAAGUGAAAACAAAAAGAAAUUUUCUAGAUAAUGCAAGCAACCUUCUUACCAAUUUGUUAAGUGGGGGAAGCUUAGGGUCCAUGCCUAUAGCUGAAGGUGCUGUUACAGAUUUGUUUGACAGACCUCUCUUCUUUUCUCUGUAUGAUUGGUUCUUAGAGCAUGGGGCAGUGUAUAAGCUUGCUUUUGGACCAAAAGCCUUUGUUGUAGUCUCAGAUCCUGUUGUAGCAAGGCAUAUUCUUCGAGAAAAUGCAUUUUCAUUUGACAAGGGAGUUCUUGCUGAUAUACUAGAACCUAUAAUGGGAAAAGGACUUAUACCUGCUGACCUUGACACGUGGAAAUUGAGGAGAAGAGUUAUUGCUCCUGGAUUCCAUUCCUUGUACCUGGAAACUAUGGUCAAAGUAUUUACUUCUUGUUCAGAAAGAACAAUAUUGAAAAUCGAUAAGCUCCUAGAAAGAGAGAACUUGCAAGGUGGACAAACAAUUGAGCUGGAUCUUGAAGCAGAGUUCUCAAAUUUAGCUCUUGAUAUUAUUGGGCUUGGUGUUUUUAACUAUGACUUUGGCUCUGUCACUAAAGAAUCGCCUGUGAUUAAGGCAGUGUAUGGUACCCUUUUUGAAGCAGAACACAGAUCAACCUUUUAUAUUCCAUAUUGGAAAGUUCCCUUCAUGAAAUGGAUAGUCCCCAGGCAACGGAAGUUCCAGAAGGACCUAAAGGUCAUCAAUGAGUGUCUUGAUGGACUCAUCAGAAAUGCAAAGGACACGAGGCAGGAAACAGAUGUUGAAAAAUUGCAACAAAGGGACUACUCAAAUCUGAAGGAUGCAAGUCUUCUGCGUUUCUUAGUUGAUAUGCGGGGAGCUGAUGUCGAUGACCGUCAGUUACGGGAUGACCUGAUGACUAUGCUUAUUGCUGGCCAUGAAACAACAGCUGCUGUUCUUACUUGGGCUGUUUUCCUGCUCGCUCAAAAUCCAUCAAAAAUGAAAAAGGCGCAAAAGGAGAUCGAUUCAGUACUUGGACAGGAUGAGCCAACAUUUGAAUCCGUUAAAAAAUUGGACUACAUUAGACUAAUUGUUGUAGAAUCUCUUCGAUUAUAUCCUGAACCGCCUUUGCUUAUUAGACGCUCCCUCAAAUCAGAUAAAUUGCCAGGAGGGUUCAAUGGUAACAAAGACGGUUAUGCAAUCCCUCCUGGAACUGAUAUAUUUAUAUCUGUGUAUAAUCUUCAUAGAUCUCCCUAUUUUUGGGACCGUGCUAAUGAAUUUGAACCAGAGAGGUUCUUAGUGGAAAAAAAGAAUGAAGAUGUUGAAGGAUGGGAUGGUUUUGACCCAUCUCGAAGCCCUGGAGCAUUGUACCCAAAUGAGAUUAUAUCUGAUUUUGCCUUCUUACCCUUUGGUGGAGGACCAAGAAAAUGCGUCGGAGACCAAUUUGCGCUCAUGGAGGCAACCGUGGCGUUGGCUAUGUUGUUACAGAAGUUUGAUGUGGAACUGAAGGGGUCUCCUGAAUCUGUGGAAUUGGUUACCGGCGCGACCAUCCAUACCAAGAAUGGUUUGUGGUGCAAGUUGAGGAAGAGAUCUCAUGUGACGUCAUAGAACAUAAGUUGUAUUGUAUCCCAUGUUUAUUUUCAUUGUUACCUGCCAAUUAUUACCGUUUUGGAACAUGGGUGGAAAUAAUUCUAGCAAGUUUUUGAAGAGCAAUAUAUAAUAAAAUCACUCGAUUCACCGUCA